CGUGUGCCUUUGCGUAAAAACUUUACUCUUUCUUGUGUUUGAUUCAAGUGCCUCCAGUUCGUUCACUUUUUACGCUGGAACUGGUAUCAGGGAGUUCGAUUCAUUCCGUGUCUUGAUCUCGUCUUGAUCACUCGUACGUCGAAUCGCGGUCGUAGUUACACAAUUACCAUUUCAGUGUAAUAUUCUCUGUGCAAUUAUAUUCAAUCGUCAUCGUCGCGUAAAACUCGAUCGGAUUCAGGCAGAUCGGUUUUUCGUGAUAGUGCGCGGCCCAGUUCCCCUGAAGGUUUUCGAAACCAGAGCAGUGAUAACAGCGCUAGUGCAUCAUCAUAGGAAGAUUCUAGAAGCAGUUCAUCAAAAUGGGUGUUCCAAAGGUCUACGUCGUCGGUGUCGGUAUGACCAAGUUCGAAAAACCCGGCCGCCGGGAGGACUUUGAUUAUCCACAGAUGGCCAAGGAAGCCGUGACAAAGGCGCUGAACGAUGCCCGUAUUCAGUACAAAGAUGUUCAGCAGGCCACUGUGGGAUAUGUCUAUGGCGAUUCGACCUGUGGCCAGCGUGCCCUGUACGAGGUAGGGUUCACCGGUAUUCCAGUCUACAAUGUCAACAACAACUGCUCGACGGGUUCGACGGCACUGCUGCUGGCCAAGCAGCUGAUCGAGACCGGAAACAAUGACUGCGUGUUGGCGCUUGGGUUCGAAAAGAUGGAACGGGGCUCGCUGACCUCGAAAUACAUGGAUCGUACCAAUCCGGUGGAGCUGUUGGUGUCCGCCAUGGCGGAAAAGCACGAUAUCACCGGCGCUCCCAUUUCCGCGCAGCUGUUCGGAAACGCCGGGCUGGAGCAUAUGCAGAAGUACGGCACCAAGCCAGAACACUUCGCCAAGAUUGCUUAUAAGAAUCACAAACAUUCCACCAACAAUCCCUAUUCGCAGUUCCAGGAUGAGUAUUCUUUCGAGCAGAUUGUUAAAUCGACACAAGUGCACGAGUACCUAACGAAACUACAGUGCUGUCCCACGAGUGACGGUGCCGCUUGUUGUAUUCUCGCUUCGGAAAAUUUUGUCAAGCGGUACGGUUUGGAAACCCAAGCCGUUGAGAUUGUUGCCAUGGAAAUGUCCACCGAUUUGCCGUCAUCGUUUAAGGAGGGCAGCGCAAUGAAAAUCGUCGGCUACGACAUGACCCGCAAUGCAGCCGAGAAAGUCUUUGCCAAGUCGAACUUCAAGCCUCAGGACGUCGAUGUAGUGGAACUGCAUGAUUGCUUUUCUGCGAAUGAGUUGAUCACAUACGAAGCGCUUGGUCUAUGUCAACCAGGCAAAGCCGCCGAAUUCAUCGAUCGGGGAGAUAACACCUACGGAGGUCGAGUCGUUGUGAACCCGAGUGGAGGUUUGAUUUCCAAGGGUCAUCCGCUGGGUGCUACGGGACUGGCACAGUGCAGCGAACUAUGCUGGCAACUGCGGGGCGAAGCCGAUAAGCGACAGGUUAAAGGGGCUAAGCUGGCUCUGCAGCACAAUAUUGGCUUGGGAGGUGCGGCCGUGGUGGCUCUGUAUCGACUUGGAUUCCCGUAUGCGAGGAAUCCGAUCAACAAGAAUUUAACGGCGGCGGGUAUGCUGAAGGAUACCGCUGAAGGUUUCUUGGUGACACCGUACAUGAAGUUGCUCGAGGAAGCAAUGGGUGAUGAUAAAGACAAUCUGAUCGAAAAGGUGCGGGGCAUCUACGGCUUCAAAGUUACGAAUGGACCCAACGGUGCGGAAGGAUACUGGGUGAUUAACGCCAAAACCGGAAAGGGUUCGGUUACUUACAAGGGAACAGACAAGCCCGACGUCACCUUCAUCAUCAACGACAUCGACGUGGUGGAUCUGAUUUCCGGCAAGUUGAACCCCCAGAAGGCCUUCUUCCAGGGCAAAGUGAAAGUGCAGGGAAAUAUGGGACUGGCAAUGAAACUGGUGGAUCUGCAGAACCGCGCCAAGUCUCGCAUUGAGGAACUCCGAGCGAAGCUGUAAACUCAUUGUUUUUGGGUUUUAUUAAAAAUCUAGGUUAGAAUAAGAUACAAAGUAAAAUAGUUGUCCUUACUUGGUUUCGUCGAGGCAUUUUUAAAAUGUGGUGAUUUAUUGUACACAUUAGAUUCAGAUAUUUUUUACACAUAAUAAAAUUCAUAUUGGUGAUAGUUAAAUACAA